CUUCCUGCUGGUAUAAAUGCAGCAUAUUUGCAGCAAGCUCUUGGUCAGGUUCAGGGGCUACUACCAACGGCUACACCGGCAGUUCCUGGGUUUAGCGCCGCCACUGCUUCCGUCACCAGAGGUACUCCACCGAUUGCUAAUCCGCUAGUUUUCAAUCAGUAUGCGGUCGAACCACCAAAACCUCAGGCGCAGACGGCUACCACACAAGCUUCACAACUGAAGGUAGAGACGGCUAGCCCUCAAGUGUCACCUGCACCUCAAGCACUCAAUCAACAACCGUACGGUUUGCAAAAUUUGCCCGCUUAACGCACUAUGUGUUCGCCAGGCCCUUCACAUAGGUAUAGCUCGGAGGGAGCCGAUGAUGUUUGCCCUAUCUGUCUCUGCCCUAUGGAUGAAGGUUUUUCAAGGCCUGAAAACUGUCAGCAUCGUUUCGACUUAGAUUGUUUGACGGAGUGGUCAAAGUUACGGCUAAGCUGUCCAUCAUGUCGUGCGGGGUUUGGAGCUAUCUACACCUAUGAGAUUGUGGAAACGAAACCAAAAUUAGUCAAGGUGCAAAAAGUGGAACCGCCUAAAGAAGCGGAG